AUGGCGGGUGAUGGCAGUGCUGCUCUUGCAGCCGUGCAACGUAUCGCAGAUAGACUGGAUGUGGCUACCGAUGCUGAUCGAAUUCGGAUAAGAAGUGAAUUUGCUGAGGAUGACUUGAACAGCUAUUCAAUUCUGGAAAAGAUUCCGGUGGAAGACAAGCUUGCUGUCAUCCAUGAGUGUGGCUCCGUGGCUUGCCUUGACAAAGCGAUGGGAUCACUCUGUGGAAUGGCAGUGGGUGACGCGCUGGGACAUCCGUUUGAGUAUAUCACGGUGACAGAUCAGCCUGGAACAUCCCGCUUUGACCUGUCCACGUUGGAAUUCCACGGGGAGUUCAACAAAUUUGCAUGCCAGCGAGGGCAAUGGACGGAUGAUGCAUCAAUGGGAAUGUGCCUGGCUGAUUCUCUCAUUCUACGCAAGGGCUUUGAUGGCAGCGACCAACGGGUUCGCUUUUGGUGCUGGUGGUUCAGAGGCUACAACAACGCAUUCCGGAAGGAUACCGCCCGGGACUCCAAGAAAUCCAUUGGUCUUGGGGGCAACACACAGAAAUCACUGGAAUCUUUGGUGGAUCUUGCGGGAACAGGUGCCGUUCCACCUGUGUACGAGUCAGCGAGUGAAGAUGCCGGCAAUGGCAGUCUAAUGAGGUUGGCGGCCAUACCAAUCCUUUUCCACGCAGUUCCCCUCGAGAAACUGUAUAGCUUCGCCCGAAGCUCUUCUGUGACAACACAUCCAGGAUAUGUGGCGGCCGAGGCUUGUGCUUUUCUCGCGCAUUUGGUAAGACAGGCGCUUCGAUUGCCAAAAGGCAAGGUCUCCAUCAAAGCUUUCUUGGACGCGGAGUCUCAGGUGUUCUACCAGGCAUCUGGUCUUGCAGACCGCUCUGGUCCGGGGAUAGAUGAGAUGAAGUGGCUUGUCACAUCAACUCCCAUUCGUGACACGGAGAGAUGCUGGAAUUGGAAGCACGAGACCCUAGAUAUUGCCAGCACUCUGGCGGCCCGUGGUUGGAGCUACAACGGCUACCCUGUGUCGGCAGACUACUUUGGCUCUUAUUCGCUUGACGGCCUGGCUGGGGCACUCUGGGCAGCCUAUCAUGCAGAGUCUUUCAACGAGGCAGUCGUGCGAGCUGUGAACCUCAAUGGCGAUGCAGACAGUUUCGGCUCGAUAGCAGGUCAAAUUGCUGGAGCGUUUUAUGGCUAUUCUGCCAUCCACGAACAAUUUUUGGAGUGGCUUGGAAGGUGGGAUGAUCACGACACUGCGACUCGAGCACUUCUGCUGUACAAAACCGGUGCUGACGUUGAAGAAUCAUGA